AUGACGUUCACGGGCAGAGAUGGCGACAGCUAUCGACCCGACGGCGAGCGCAACGGCAAUCGCUCGCAAUUCACCUUCGAGUCCACCCACCCCGCUCCCCGCUUCCCGCCCUCUGGCCCUUCCAAUUCGCGAGCUCCGGCCGGCCCUGCAGCGUCCAGAAGACGCGGUCGAGGCGGGGCGUCGCGAGGCCCGUCUCGCAAUGACGGCAGGAACAAUGCAAACGGCCCCCGUAGGGGCGGCUUCAAGAAGGCUGCGCCUCACGAACGCGCCCUGCUUCAGCAUCGUGAAAACGGCAGUCCUGAGCGCGCUCUAGGCGUCGCGGCGGAUUCCAACCGCUUUCUAAACCCCGAUGACCUGUCCGGCGAUGAUGAAACCGAUAUGGAGGUCGAAAGUGAUGACUCUGCAAAUGGCGAGCAGGACGGCGAGACCGCGCAAAGCAAGCCAAAGGCUGCGAGGACCCAUGUCAAGCGUGCUGACGGCGACUCUGUGCCCAAAUGGUCUAACCCAGACCCGUACACUGCCUUGCCGCCUCCCGAUGAAACUACGGGCAAGAGGGUCGACUUUGUGAAGCUGAUCCGGAAAGCGAAGAACCAGGAAGCCGAGAAGGCUGUCGGGCACAACUCGGUCGUUGCCAACGACGAUUUCAUUUCGUUUGGCGACGACGACGAUGGCCCAAAACCCACACAAGGCUCAUUGAAUGAGUUCGCACAUAUUGACAGUAUUGUUGAUAGACAGGAAGCAGCUGUAGCCGAACAUCGCGCGCCGCGUGGGCCCAAGGCUAACCACAAGCGCAAGCUCACAGUGGGGGGUAUAAUUGAUGAGUGGCUACCCGUCCGCGAUAUCAAUCCAACGCCCUGGAUGCCCACACCUGAUGCCUAUGCACACCUUGCUCGUGAACCGGAGAAGUGGCUUCACAACGAGAUCCUCGACUUUUACGAUUUUGUUGCCCCCAAGCCUUUCGAGCAUGAACAACGCAACAAGCUUGUUAAUCGGGUCAACACCGCACUGGGUCAACGCAGGUUUCCACAAGAGAAUGGCCGAAUCCUCUGUUUUGGCUCGUUCCCCGCCGGACUGUACUUGCCUACAGCUGACAUGGACCUGGUGUAUGUUUCUGAUCGAUUCUACAAUGGCGGACCUCCUGUUGUCGACAUGUCGCAAAGGGGCGCCAACAAAAGCCUGCUGUACAAAGCAUCCAACCGGCUCAAAAACAUGGGCAUGGAUGCACACGGAACACAGGUCAUCCACGCCAAGGUUCCCAUCAUCAAGUUCCAGGAUAGACUUACCCAACUUCACGUCGAUAUUUCCUUUGAGAACUUGAGUGGCGUCCAAGCCCAGGCCACAUUUGCCGAAUGGAAACAGCAAUACCCUGACAUGAUAUACAUGGUCGCACUCAUGAAGCAAUUUCUCGUAAUGCACGGACUCAAUGAGGUGCACACAGGUGGAAUCGGAGGCUUCAGUAUCAUAUGCCUGAUUGUUAGCUAUAUCCAGCAUUCGCCGAAACCGGAAAACCUCGGUGCAUGCUUCCUCGGCUUUCUCAAGUAUUAUGGCGACUUCGAUCUGUCUAGGAAACGCAUCCAGAUGCACCCGCCAGCUAUUGUUGAGAAGACUAUGCAUGGAAUCGACGGUCGCCCAGAAAAGUAUGAUGGUCUUUCUAUUCAAGACCCGAAUCGCCCAGAAAACAACAUCUCCGGCGGAUCCCACAGAGUUCAAGUCGCCUUUGAUGCCUUCAAAGAAGCCUAUCUUACGCUUGAAGAUCGGAUGAAAGCAUCCCGCGCCGGCCAAGACAUUGGACCCAGCAUUCUUGAAUAUGUCCUAGGUGGCAACUACGAAACUUACUUGAAGCAGCGCUCCCAUUUAAGAUCGCUUAAGUGA